AGAGUAAUUGGUUCUAGAGAGAGAGCGAGAAAGAGAGAGAGAGAGGGAAUGGCAGCGUCGGACGGGACGGAGUACUUCGAACUGGACGUGGAGGCAGGGAUCGAGGGGGGGUUCGCUCGGGCGUCAAAUGCGGAGUCGGUGAGGCAGGACGAGGAAGAGCUCCUGUGGGCGGCGCUGGCGAGGCUGCCGUCGCAGAAGCGGACGAACUUCGCGUUGCUGCGGCGGACGGCGUCCGAGUCGGACAGCGGGGAAGAGAGGACGGAGACGGUCGACGUCAGGAAACUGGACCGUCCCAACCGCGAGCUCGUCGUCAAGAGGGCCUUGGCUACCGCUGACCAGGACAAUUACAAGCUCCUCUCUGCCAUCAAAGAACGACUCGAUAGAGCUGGAAUAGAGGUUCCGAAAGUCGAAGUGCGGUUCGAGAACCUGGAUAUCUCUGUCAAUGUUCAAGUCGGCUCGAGAGCUUUGCCUACUCUAGUCAACAAUGUUCGUAAUCACAUCGAGCGUAUAUUAACUGGUUUGCGUAUAUUCCGCCCAAAGAGGCAUCGUUUCACAAUCUUGAACGACAUCAGUGGGUUUGUGAAACCGGGAAGGAUGACUCUACUAUUGGGCCCUCCGGGUUCUGGUAAAUCCACAUUGCUCUUAGCUCUGGCGGGAAAGCUCGACCCUGGCUUGAAGAAAACCGGUAAUGUUACCUACAAUGGUGAGAAACUAGAUGAUUUUUGCGUUCAGAGGACUUCUGCUUACAUAAGUCAAACAGAUACCCACAUAGCGGAACUAACUGUUCGAGAAACUUUGGAUUUUGCUGCUAGAUUUGAAGGUGGUGGCGGAGGAUUUGCAGGAUAUAUGGAGGAUCUUACUCGUUUAGAGAAGGAAAAGAAUAUACGCCCAAGUCCUGAAAUUGAUGCUUUUAUGAAGGCAUCAUCUGUUGGUGGUAGAAAGAAUAGUGUCUCGACGGAUUAUGUCUUGAAAGUGCUUGGCCUUGAUGUGUGUUCGGAUACAAUUGUUGGUAAUGAUAUGCUUAGGGGUGUUUCAGGUGGCCAGAGAAAGAGAGUUACUACAGGAGAAAUGAUUGUUGGGCCAAGAAAAACCCUUUUUAUGGAUGAAAUUUCAACUGGACUUGAUAGCUCUACAACAUUCCAAAUUGUCAACUGUGUACGGAAUUUCGUUCACCAAAUGGAGGCUACAGUUUUAAUGGCUCUUCUUCAGCCUGCACCUGAGACAUUUGAUCUGUUUGAUGAUCUGGUAUUAUUGUCAGAAGGAUACUUGGUGUAUCAAGGUCCUCGGGAAGAAGUAUUAGAUUUCUUUGGAUCGUUAGGUUUUCGGUUGCCACCUCGUAAGGGAGUUGCAGAUUUCCUUCAAGAGGUAACCUCAAGAAAGGAUCAAGCACAGUACUGGGCUGAUUCUUCAAAACCAUAUACAUUUGUUCCUGUCUCAGAAAUUGCAGAAGCAUUUAAAAAUUCCAAAUAUGGAAUGUAUUUGAAGUCCUCUCUCUCUGUUCCAUAUGAUAAAUCCAAGAAUCAUCCAUCAGCUCUGGCAAAGACAAAGUUCUCUGUAUCGAAGAGGGAGCUUUUCAACACAUGCUUUUCACGAGAAUUGCUUCUGAUUAGGAGACAUCGUUUCCUUUAUAUUUUCAGGACAUGCCAGGUUGCAUUUGUAGGGUUUGUGACAUGUACGGUGUUUUCGCGAACAAGAAUACAUCCAACGGAUGAGAUAAAUGGAAGCCUCUAUCUUUCUUGUCUGUUUUUUGCACUGGUGCAUAUGAUGUUCAAUGGAUUCUCUGAGCUGCCUCUUAUGAUAUUUAGACUUCCUGUUUUUUACAAGCAAAGAGAUAAUUUCUUUCAUCCUGCCUGGGCUUGGUCCAUUACUAGUUGGAUUCUGCGUGUACCUUACUCAGUCAUUGAAGCUAUUGUAUGGUCUUGUGUUGUAUACUACACCGUUGGUUUUGCACCUGGUGCGGGGAGGUUUUUCCGCUAUAUGUUCCUACUCUUCUCAAUACACCAAAUGGCAUUGGGUCUGUUCCGGAUGAUGGCUUCUCUUGCACGUGAUAUGAUCAUUGCCAAUACAUUUGGGUCAGCUUCAUUGCUAGCUAUAUUCCUGUUGGGCGGAUUUAUCAUCCCAAAAGACAUGAUCAAGCCAUGGUGGUCUUGGGCAUUUUGGUUGUCACCAUUAUCCUACGGGCAACGUGCAAUUGCUGUAAACGAGUUUACUGCAACAAGAUGGAUGAAGACAUCUGCCUUUGGAAACUCUACAAUUGGAUACAACAUCCUCAAAUUAUAUGGUCUACCCAGUGAUGGUUACUGGUAUUGGCUCGGAGUUGGCGUUUUAUUGCUUUAUGCUGUGUUUUUCAAUAUCAUGGUGACUUUGGCCCUGGCGUACCUCAAACCUAUCAAGAAUGUCCAGACGGUGAUACCAAAUGCCACAAUGGAAGAGAGUUCAGCUGCAGAUGGUGGAAAUAACCAGGUUACUGGAACCGUCCAGGAAAGGCCGAAACAAAGGGGAAUGAUUCUCCCAUUUCAACCCUUAACACUGACUUUCCAUAACGUCAACUACUUUGUUGACAUGCCAAAGGAAAUGAGCAUUCAAGGCAUUCCAGAAAAGAAGUUGCAACUCUUAUCCAGCGUGAGUGGAGUAUUCUCACCUGGCGUUCUUACAGCUUUAGUUGGAUCAAGUGGAGCUGGUAAGACCACUUUGAUGGAUGUCCUUGCGGGUAGGAAAACUGGUGGCUACAUUGAAGGGGACGUUAAAAUCUCAGGGUACCCAAAAGAACAGCGUACUUUUGCAAGAAUUUCUGGUUACGUCGAACAAAAUGAUAUACAUUCCCCUCAAGUGACAGUUUUCGAGUCUCUCUUGUUCUCUUCCUGUCUUCGCCUUCCCAAGGAAGUGGACGAAGCAAAAAGACAUGAGUUUGUUGAAGAAGUGAUGCUAUUGGUGGAGCUUGACACUCUAAGGGAUGCUUUGGUAGGUUUGCCUGGUAGCACUGGCUUAUCUACGGAGCAAAGAAAACGUUUAACAAUUGCAGUGGAGCUUGUGGCAAAUCCUUCCAUAAUUUUUAUGGAUGAGCCUACGUCUGGACUUGAUGCAAGAGCUGCAGCCAUUGUUAUGCGAGCUGUUCGUAAUACUGUUGAUACUGGAAGAACUGUGGUGUGCACCAUACAUCAACCAAGCAUUGAUAUAUUUGAAGCAUUUGAUGAGCUACUUCUUAUGAAACGAGGAGGACGAGUAAUCUACGGCGGGAAGCUUGGUGAGAAGUCACAAACCAUGAUCAACUAUUUUCAGGGGAUCUGUGGAAUCCCUCCUAUUCCCAUGGGUUACAAUCCUGCAACUUGGAUGCUAGAGAUCAGUACGCCUGCUGCUGAACAGAGAAUUGGCCAGGACUUUGCUGAGAUAUACAAGAAUUCUCAACAAUUUAGGGAUGUUGAAGAUUCCAUUGAGCAUAUGAGUAUUCCACCUCCUGAGUCAGAAGCUUUAAAAUUCGAUACGACAUUUUCUCAAAGUGCACUUUUCCAAUUUAGAUCUUGCCUAUGGAAGCAAAACAUUGUAUAUUGGAGAAGUCCAUCAUACAAUGUUGUCAGAUUAUUCUUUACUGCAUUGAGUGGACUGAUACUUGGCACAGUAUUUUGGGGGGUUGGUUAUAAAAGGGACUCGACUCAGAACUUAUAUGUGGUCCUAGGAGCUCUUUAUUCCUCAUGCUUGUUUCUUGGCGUCAGUAAUGCGUCAUCCGUACAACCAAUAGUUUCAAUUGAGAGAACUGUUUUCUAUAGAGAAAAAGCUGCUGGAAUGUACUCCCCAUUUCCUUAUGCUGCAGCCCAGGGCCUUGUGGAGAUACCAUACAUUGCGGUGCAGACAAUUUUAUUUGGUCUAAUUACAUAUUUCAUGAUGGAUUUUGAAAGGACAGUCGGCAAAUUUUUCCUCUAUGUACUGUUCAUGUUUCUCACUUUCAUGUACUUUACUUUCUACGGCAUGAUGGCCGUUGGCCUUACACCUUCCCAAAACUUGGCUGCGGUUAUUUCUUCUGCAUUUUACUCACUAUGGAAUCUCCUCUCUGGUUUCCUUAUUCCAAAACCGAGUAUCCCAGUGUGGUGGAUCUGGUUUUACUACAUUAGUCCUAUAUCAUGGACCCUCCGGGGAAUCAUUACCUCUCAGCUCGGGGAUGUGGAAACAUUGAUCGUAGGACAUGGUUUUAAGGGCCCCGUGAAAGAGUACAUAGAAGUUACUUUUGGCUAUGGCCCUGGGAUGCUUGGAGUUUCAGUAGCAGUGCUUAUCGGCUUUUCUGUCUUUUUCUUUUCCAUGUUCGCUAUCUCUGUCAAAGCUCUCAACUUUCAGAAAAGAUAAAUGGAGAUUGAGUUGAAGCCAUGAAGGAUAUCAAGCCCAAUCUCAACAUCAAAAUUGUGGACUCAACAUAUUGGUGAUUGGUGGGGCCAUACGUGUCUCUGGUCCGUUUUAUAAGAAUGAAAAUGAUAGGAAAUAAAGAAAAUAGAAGGGAAAAAAAGAUACAUUUUUGGUGUUUGAUUAGCAUGAAUAUAGUAGAAAGUGCUAGAAAGAAAAUUUUCUUGUACAACUCAUUUAAGCUUAUGACUUUAUAGCUUUCAUUUUCUUACUAAAAGCACAAUAAAUUCUUAUAUUCUUGUGAAAGUGGUCAUCUCUUAC